UGCCCCCUGAUCCCUUUGUGUGUAUGUGAGGGGUGUUAGUGAAAGAGAGGGAGACGGCGACGGCGUAUGUCACACUGGACAAUAUUUAAAAAAAAAUUUCUAGCAAACCUAAAGUGGAUAUUCUUGCCGGCAUAAAACUCAUACGAAAAGGACCUGUCUCAGCGUGGGACCAUCUGGUAACAGCGUCCCUCUUCAUUCACCGUUUUUAAACAGUGGGAUCUUUUAAAUUACAAGAUUGAUUGAGACAAAGUCGGAUUAAAACGAAAAUACAUUUAGCUAGCUGGCGAGCUAGCUAAAUUUAAACUAAAAAACAAUCAUGUCUGGGAGUGAAGACGACAGAGACGAUUUUGGACCAUCCGAAGAUCGGUCUUUGAUUCAAGAUGAAGAGGACCUGGAGGAGGACAUGUCUGAGGGGGAGGCCCCUAAAGUGAAGAAGAAGAAGAAGGCCAAGAAGAGCCGUGAGAGCAAGGGCAGCAAGAGGCAGAGGCUCCGCCGAGAGGACCUCGCCGGCAGCUCUCCAGAGAUGGCGGAGGGCCCCAACGGGGGAGAGGGGGACGAGGAGGAAGGAGACAGAGGGGGCAGGUCGGACAGCGAGGGGAGCGACUACACCCCGGGCAGGAAGAAAAAGAAGCGGGCGAGCACAUCGAAGGAGAAGAAGAGGGGCACGAGCGGGGAGAGGGAGAGGAGCGCGGGAGGCUCGUCGGGCGGGAAGAGUAAGAGGAAAGAGCAAGAGCCUGAGGAAGAGGAGGAGGAGGAGGACGAAGACAGCCAGGAGCCAAAGAGCUCUUCCCAGCUGUUGGAUGAUUGGGGAAUGGAAGACAUUGAUCAUGUCUUCACCCAGGAAGACUACCGCUCCCUCACAAACUACAAGGCUUUCAGCCAGUUUGUCAGACCCCUCAUUGCUGCCAAGAACCCCAAGAUCGCCGUGUCCAAGAUGAUGAUGGUGCUGGGGGCGAAGUGGCGCGAGUUCAGCACCAACAACCCACUGCGGGGCUCGGCCAGCGCUAACGCUGCCCUGGCGGCCGCUAACGUGGCCGCGGCCGUCGAGAGCAUGGUGGCCAGCGGAGAGGGGGGUCCGGCAGGGGCGCCCGGAGCAGUCAGCAAUUCCCUGCCUGCUCCUGCACCCCCCGCGGCCCCCGAACCGCAGGCACCACCCGCGCCACCUCUGCGCAAGGCCAAGACCAAAGAAGGAAAAGGUCCAAAUGCGCGUAAAAAGCCGAAGCCGCCUCCCAAGCCUCAGGAGAAGAAGGUGAAAACCAAGAAGGUGGCUCCUCUCAAGAUCAAGCUGGGCGGCUUCAGCAGCAAGAGGAAGCGAUCCUCUAGCGAGGAGGACGACAUGGACGUGGACAGCGACUUUGACGACGGCAGCAUGAACAGCUUCUCGGUGUCGGACGGAUCCAACAGCCGCAGCAGCCGCUCGAAGAAAAAGUCCAAGACGUCCAAGAAAAAGAAGAAAGCAGACGAGGAUGCCGACGGGUACGAGACGGACCACCAGGACUACUGCGAGGUGUGCCAGCAGGGCGGCGAGAUCAUCCUGUGUGACACCUGCCCCCGCGCGUACCACAUGGUGUGCCUGGACCCGGACAUGGAGAAGGCCCCCGAGGGCACCUGGAGCUGCCCCCACUGCGAGAAGGAGGGCGUGCAGUGGGAGGCGCGCGAGGACGCCUCGGACGGAGAGGAGGACAACGACGGCGAGGGCCGCGACCGCGGGGAGGCGGAGGAGGACGACCACCACAUGGAGUUCUGCAGGGUGUGCAAGGACGGAGGGGAGCUGCUCUGCUGCGACUCCUGCCCCUCGUCCUAUCACAUCCACUGCCUCAACCCGCCCCUGCCCGAGAUACCCAAUGGGGAAUGGAUCUGCCCGCGCUGCACUUGUCCGCCCAUGAAGGGUAAAGUGCAGAAGAUUUUGACCUGGCGCUGGGGAGAGCCGCCACCCCCCACACCUGUGCCCCGCCCACCCGAUCUUCCUGCCGACGCCCCUGAUCCUCCCCCUCUCGCCGGCCGCCCAGAGAGGGAAUUCUUCGCCAAGUGGAGCAACAUGUCCUACUGGCACUGCUCCUGGGUCUCCGAGCUGCAGCUGGAGCUGCACUGCCAGGUGAUGUUCCGCAACUACCAGCGCAAGAACGACAUGGACGAGCCGCCGCCCGUGGACUUCGGCGGCGAGGGAGAGGAGGACAAGAGCGUCAAGAGGAAGAACAAGGACCCGCUCUUCGCCCAGAUGGAGGAGCGCUUCUACCGCUUCGGCAUCAAGAUGGAGUGGAUGAUGAUCCACCGCAUCCUCAACCACAGUGUGGACAAGAAGAACAACGUUCACUACCUGAUCAAGUGGAGGGACCUGCCCUAUGACCAGGCCACCUGGGAGGCUGAGGACAUGGACAUUCCGGACUACGACAGCUACAAGCAGCAGUACUGGAACCACAGGGAACUGAUGAUGGGAGACGAAGGCAGGCCAGGGAAGAAGCUGAAGAUCAAGGGCAAACUGAAAAGGGCUGACAGGCCUCCGGAGAACCCUGUGGUGGAUCCCACCAUCAAGUUCGAGCGGCAGCCGGAGUACCUGGACUCCACGGGGGGCACGCUACACCCCUACCAGCUGGAGGGGCUCAACUGGCUGCGCUUCUCCUGGGCGCAGGGCACCGACACCAUCCUGGCCGACGAGAUGGGCUUGGGCAAGACCGUGCAGACGGCCGUCUUCCUCUACUCCCUCUACAAGGAGGGCCACUCCAAGGGACCGUUCCUGGUCAGUGCACCCCUCUCCACCAUCAUCAACUGGGAGCGUGAGUUCGAGAUGUGGGCACCGGACAUGUACGUGGUGACCUACGUGGGUGACAAGGACAGCCGCGCUGUGAUCCGGGAGAACGAGUUCUCCUUCGAGGACAACGCCAUCCGGGGCGGGAAGAAGGCCUCCAGGAUGAAGAAAGAGGCAGCGGUUAAGUUCCACGUGCUGCUCACCUCCUACGAGCUCAUCACCAUCGACAUGGCCAUCCUGGGCUCCAUCAACUGGGCCUGCCUGGUGGUGGACGAGGCCCACAGGCUGAAGAACAACCAGUCCAAGUUUUUCAGGGUGCUGAAUAACUACCCCCUCCAGCACAAGCUGCUGCUCACUGGAACCCCCCUGCAGAACAACCUGGAGGAGCUUUUCCACCUGCUCAAUUUCCUCACUCCGGAGCGAUUCAGUAACCUGGAGGGCUUCCUGGAGGAGUUCGCCGACAUCGCCAAAGAGGACCAGAUCAAGAAGCUCCACGACAUGCUGGGGCCACACAUGCUCAGGAGGCUGAAGGCCGACGUCUUCAAGAACAUGCCCUCCAAGACGGAGCUGAUCGUCCGCGUGGAGCUCAGCCCCAUGCAGAAGAAGUACUACAAGUUCAUCUUGACGCGCAACUUCGAGGCCCUGAACACCCGCGGAGGCGGCAACCAGGUGUCCCUACUCAACGUUGUGAUGGACCUCAAAAAGUGCUGCAACCACCCCUACCUCUUCCCUGUUGCCGCCAUGGAAGCCCCAAAGAUGCCGAACGGGAUGUAUGACGGCAGCGCUCUGACCAAGGCUGCCGGGAAGCUGCUGCUGCUGCAGAAGAUGCUGAGGAAGCUGAAGGAGGGCGGCCACAGGGUGCUCAUCUUCUCUCAGAUGACAAAGAUGCUGGACCUGCUGGAGGACUUCCUGGAGAACGAAGGAUACAAAUACGAGCGCAUUGAUGGAGGCAUCACUGGAGGAAUGAGACAGGAGGCCAUCGACAGGUUCAAUGCCCCCGGCGCGCCUCAGUUUGUCUUCCUGCUGUCGACGAGGGCGGGAGGCCUGGGUAUCAACCUGGCCACCGCCGACACCGUCAUCAUCUACGACUCGGACUGGAACCCCCACAACGACAUUCAGGCCUUCAGUCGAGCUCACCGUAUCGGCCAGAACAAGAAGGUGAUGAUCUACCGCUUCGUCACCAAAGCCUCGGUGGAGGAGAGGAUCACUCAGGUAGCAAAGAAGAAAAUGAUGCUGACCCACUUGGUGGUGCGGCCCGGGCUGGGCUCCAAGACGGGAUCCAUGUCCAAACAGGAGUUGGACGACAUCCUCAAGUUCGGGACAGAGGAGCUCUUCAAGGACGAUUUAGGGGAGGGAGAGAACAAGGAGGAAGACAGCAGCGUGAUUCACUAUGACGACAAGGCCAUCGACCGGCUGCUGGACCGGAACCAGGACGCCACGGAGGACACGGAGAUCCAGAGCAUGAACGAGUACCUGAGCUCCUUCAAGGUGGCCCAGUACGUGGUGAAGGACGAGGAGGAGGCGGAGGAGGAGGUGCAGCGGGAGAUCAUUAAGCAGGAGGAGAGCGUGGACCCGGAUUACUGGGAGAAGCUGCUGAGGCACCACUACGAGCAGCAGCAGGAGGACCUGGCCCGUAACCUGGGCAAGGGCAAGCGCAUCCGCAAGCAGGUCAACUACAACGACGGCUCGCAGGAGGACCGAGGUAGUAGACGGGAUUGGCAGGAUGACCAGUCGGACAACCAGUCGGACUACUCCGUGGCUUCGGAGGAGGGAGACGAGGACUUUGACGAGCGGUCAGAAGUGAACUCUCGCAGACCCAACAGGAAGGGGCUGAGGAACGACAAGGACAAACCACUGCCCCCCCUGCUGGCCAGAGUGGGAGGCAACAUCGAGGUGUUGGGCUUUAACGCCCGUCAGAGGAAGGCCUUCCUGAACGCAGUGAUGCGUUAUGGGAUGCCCCCUCAGGACGCCUUCACCACACAGUGGCUCGUCCGGGACCUGCGCGGUAAAUCUGAGAAGGAGUUCAAGGCUUAUGUCUCCCUCUUCAUGCGUCACCUGUGUGAGCCGGGGGCUGACGGGGCAGAGACCUUCGCCGACGGUGUUCCCCGGGAGGGUCUGUCCCGGCAGCAUGUCCUCACCCGCAUAGGAGUGAUGUCGCUCAUCAGGAAGAAGGUUCAGGAGUUUGAGCACGUGAACGGUCAGUGGUCCAUGCCAUGGAUGAUGGAGCUGGAGGAGAGUAAGAAGGCCGCUGCAGCCGCUGCCGCUGCACGCCCCGACUCCCCCGGGAACCCCAAGACCCCCUCCACCGGAACCCCUGCUGACACCCAGCCCAACACCCCUGCAACAGCGCCCAAAACGCCCUCCACCGGCACACCCGCAGACACGCAGCCCAACACCCCCGCCACAGAUGAACCCGCCAAGGCAGAAGAGUCUGCGAAGGAGGCCGACAAAGAGAAGGAGAAGGAGAAGGAGGAGAAGAAUGAAGGAGAAGGGGAGAAGGAGAACAAAGAUCAGAGCAAAGACCGGACCAAGGCGGAAGAACCAGAGAUCAUUGCAAUCCCUGAUGAUGAAGAGAAGCCCCCGUCUCCAGAGAAGAAAGAGAAGGAGAGCGAGGGGGCGGCGGUCGCCCAGGUAACGGAAAAGGAAGCAGGAAAUGGCGAGGUGGAGAGGGAGAAAGAGGGAGAGAAGGAGGAGAAAACGGGAGAGACAGAAGAGAAGAGCUCCCCUGCCGAGGUCAAGCCCGAAGGGUCAGAGGCCAAACCCGAGGAGUCUGGUGUCAAACCGGAAGAGAAGAAGGAGGAUAAGCCUGAGAAGAUGGACACCAGCCCCCCGGCAGAGGAAAAGAAAGAGCAAAAGGAGGAGAAGGAGGGAGGCAAGGAGGAGCCCGCCAAGCUCCAGAACGGAGAGAGCGGGAAGGAGGGAGCGGCGGGCGGCAGCGAGGAGAAGAAGAAAGCGGCCAAGCAGAGAUUCAUGUUCAACAUCGCAGACGGAGGCUUCACAGAGCUGCACUCACUGUGGCAGAACGAGGAGCGGGCCGCCACCGUCACGAAGAAGACCAACGAGAUCUGGCACCGUCGCCAUGACUACUGGCUGUUGGCUGGCAUCAUACAACACGGCUACGCUCGCUGGCAGGACAUUCAGAAUGACGUGAAGUACGCCAUCCUGAACGAGCCGUUCAAGGGCGAGAUGAACCGAGGCAACUUCCUGGAGAUCAAGAACAAGUUCCUGGCCAGGAGGUUCAAGCUGCUUGAACAGGCCCUGGUGAUCGAGGAGCAGCUUCGGAGGGCUGCCUACCUGAACAUGUCGGAAGACCCCUCCCACCCCUCCAUGGCACUCAAUACACGCUUCAGCGAGGUGGAGUGUCUGGCCGAGUCCCACCAGCACCUGAGCAAGGAGUCCAUGUCCGGGAACAAGCCCGCCAACGCCGUCCUGCACAAAGUGCUGAAACAGCUGGAGGAGUUGCUCAGCGACAUGAAGGCGGAUGUCACCCGUCUCCCAGCGACCAUUGCCCGGAUACCACCUGUUGCCGUGCGUCUGCAGAUGUCGGAGAGGAACAUCCUGAGCCGCCUGGCCAGCAGGGGUCCCGAGACGCAGACUCAACAGGUGUCACAACAGUAGCUUUUGUCUCAGGCUUGACCUCUUUCCUCUCUGCCUCCACAUUCCUGAUUGGCUCUUGGAUGAUGACAUCACACCCAAGCUUCUUGAAGCCAUACCCCCUUUUUCCUGUCCAAGGACAUGCAGUGUCUCAAAUCGGCUGAUCCCUGGAGGCAGUGAAAAUGAAAGCAAUUUUAUUUUUCUUUUUUGAUGUUUCUUC